CGAGGCUCAAACGUCAGGCCGGGUAUCUCGCAGAUCUUCCGCCCGCCAUGGCGGCCGCCAAGCCAGCCAUCAAUGCUCACAUGCCCAAGACGCACAUUGAAACCCGCCACAAGGUGGUGAGAUUUGGGACAACCUAUAAAGCGCCCACUGAGCGUGAGGCCAAGUUGUAUGCCUAUUUGCAUCAGCGGGCCGACCUUCGAGUCUCACGGGGAGUAAUCCCCAUUGGCUUCUACUCCAUGAUGCUGCUGGACGAGGGCCAACCGAUGUACUUGGAGACACGCUAUGGCGGGACCGAUAUGGAAGGCUGGCCAGUGGGACCGCAAUUCCAGAUCAGCUGGACCGCGGAGAAGGAAGUAAUCCCGCCACUGGACAGUCUCAGUGAUGGCUGGUACAAAGACUUUGAUGAUCUUUGGAUGAAUGCCCUGGGACACCUGGAGAAGCGAGGCCUCCUGAGCGAGGAGACCUUGGAGUAUCUUGAUGCAGAUCCCUUCGUACUUUUUGGGAUCGACGAUCCCUUGACUCAACAAGCUCUCGCGAAGCUGGAUAAAUUUCCAGCGCUGCUGUGUGAUGGAACCGUUCCUACCUUGGACGAGUGGGCCUACUACCUACGAAUAGAGCCAUCUGACAAGGAGAUGCUUUGGUUGGUCAAUGCCAUGUUGGAGACCGAUCUCCCCAAGCCAUGGACAUGCUACAAAGGCAUUGGCAGCAUCGUAUGCUAUUUGAGAGCAGACACUGGCCAGGUGACCUGGAAGCAUCCUUUCUACGACUACUUCCGUCAGCUGCGGGAGUUCUGUCGCCAAGCCACCCGUGAUGAGGUGAUGCAAGUUCGGUGCAAUCGUCUCCUUUGGAGCUAUGAGGCCACUCGAGUAGAGGCAGAGCACGACCAGGAGCCCUUGAUCUCUCCCAUGUACGUUGCGCGAUUGGGCGAGAUCUUCGGUUUUGAUGUCAAGACCCAAGGCUGUGUGGUGCGGAACUGCAAGGCCCAGCUGAAGGCCUUUGCCAAAGAGUACCGCCGCACUCAGGAUGUGGACAUCAACUUAAUUCGCGAAUGCAAUGAAAUGCUCCAACGCGAUUUGGAGAAGUACGAAGAGAUGGUGCUACAUUGGUCAGGAGCCGUGAAGGAAGAAGUUAAGUUUAAUCUCAACUUGCUAUCUCGAGGAGAGGUGAACUGCGUGAAUUGCGAAGCAACAGCACUUAGCUUUUGCUUGGAAUGCAAGGACUACCUGUGCUUGAAGUGCUACAGUGACCUGCACAGUAAGGGCUUCCGCAAGUCUCAUGCACCCUUCUGCUUGGUCCCCUGUGCGCUUUGUGUGGUCCUGCCCGCGAAGAUCCAUUGCACCUUCACGGACAAGUCGCUGUGUCACAAGUGCUACGCAAUGAAGCACAUCAAGAUGCUACCCAGAGAUGGCAAGGAAAACCAACCCAGGCGCAUCAACUAUGUGGAACAGUACAACAGAUAUGCCGCUAUGGCAAAGCAGAGAGUUGAAUCGAGCAAAGUUCUACCAGAAGACCUUCCCGUUUUGGACGACAGUGCCUACGAGUCAGUGCUAAGCACCGAUUGGCAUCCGUUCUAUGAUGCUCGGGGAGUGAAGUACUACCACAACUUUUCCACGGGCGAGCGAAUGAGACAAAGCCCCAUCCGCAUCCCCAACACCGACGAAGCGGGUGUGGAGGGGAACAGCAUAAAGGACGCCAAGGCCGCCCUGGGUGAAGAGGAUGUCUCUCCUGGCAAGGAGGACAAGCGUUUUGGCACUGGUCCCUUGAGGGGAACAGCUCCCAUGCCGCUGAGUGGUUUCGACUCGUUGAAGUCUGAAGUCACUGCAGCUGAGCUGGCCGCAGAUGAACCGGAGAACCGGCUUCUGCGACCGCCAUACCGGCAGCUCAUGCCCAAUGAGAUGCCAUACGAAGAUGAGUAGCGGGUUGGUUUCAUGUGAGGGUUUCAUCGAGUCCUGUGCUUUUGUUUGAUCACUUGGAAUGGAACUGUUGGAUGGAUCAUGAUGGACCUAUGCCGGCCUUUGAUGCCUUUGGCUCCUCAAUGAACGACCCGUGAUUUUAACGUUACUUUACUGAGGCCAGUUGCCGUUUGAAACGGCCACCCAUUGGCCACCUUAUUGAGGGAUCAUCACUUGUUGGACCCUGACAUCGCCCG